AUGUCGCUCGUUUUUCGAAAUUCGGCCAAACGCCUGCCGAACGCUUCUGUAGUACUUACCAAUUACUUGGAACAAUCGAAAGAACCACCGUGGACAUCGUUUUUCGUUAAAUAUAGUUCCGUAAUUGACGACCAAAGAGGUCGGUCGCACUUCAAUUGGAAAGUUGGAAACAGUAAUUAUCACGUCUUACGGUCCGGCUGUUUUCCAUAUAUAAAAUACCAUUGCACUAAAAGACCGUAUGAAAAUUUAGAAGUCGAAGAUAGAUUAUUUUACAUUUUAAAAAUUGUUAACCUCGGUGAGCAAUAUUAUUUUAUAGACCAUGAUUAAUUUUCAUCCAUCAGUUAUUCUCAUUAAUAUUUUAUUGAUCUAAUGACCUACCUUAUAAUGUGUAUGUUUUACUCUUAGAUCAUGAUAUUAUAAUGAUGAUGUUUUAAAGUGCAACUUUUAUUCAUACUAAAAUAUAAUUUAUUUAUUUUGAUUUAAUUAAACAUUUUUGAUAUUAAUAGGUUUGUUAAUAACAUGGCCUUUACAGCAAGCAAAGUAUUUUUUUUUUCAACACCUCUUAAUAUGUUAUGUUUAACAGUUGUAGUUUUCAUAUUAUAAUAAAGUAAAUACCUUCUGAUAUUCAUUUAAUUUUUUGGUUUAGAAUACAGGUUUUAAGAUUAAAACACUUUGCAAUUGUUUUAAAUUUAUUAAAUAUUGUUUUUUAAACUAACUUAAGAGUCCUAACUCCAAUAAAAAUGAUUUUGAAUUUAAAUUUAAAUAUUUUGCUUAUUGAAUUUUUAAUUAAUGACAUAUUUUUUAUUUGCAGGUUUCCCAUUACUAUUAUACGGUUUAUCUGCUGUUUUUAUGAUUUCAUAUAAAGAAAUAGUGAAGACAUCCCAAGGGGAAGUAUAUAUUUAUUUUCUUUUGAAAGAAGAUAAGGGAUCAAUGAAUUGA